AUGGGUCUCACUUAUCCCGUCGGUUUGGCAACCGUGUCAUUCCUGGUGAUCGGAGGGUAUAUGCUCUUCCAUGGAGAGGGUGAAGCAUUCAAUGUUGGCCAAUUUCUCGAAUCCGUGUCUCCGUACGUUUGGGCGACUCUAGGAAUUGCUUUCUGCAUUGGGUUAUCGGUUGUCGGUGCAGCAUGGGGUAUCUUCCUCACGGGCUCAUCGAUUGUCGGCGGAGGUGUCAAGGCUCCGAGAAUCCGAACGAAGAACUUGAUCUCCAUUAUUUUCUGCGAAGUCGUCGCUAUCUACGGUGUCAUCAUGGCCAUUGUCUUUUCUGCGAAACUCAACCUCGCGCCCGGCGAUGAAAUCUAUUCCCGCCAGAGCCACUAUACCGGCUAUGCGCUGUUUUGGGGAGGAAUCACUGUCGGUGCCUGCAACUUGAUUUGCGGUAUCUCCGUUGGUAUCAACGGUAGCGGUGCAGCUCUUGCUGAUGCUGCUGACCCAAGCUUGUUCGUCAAGAUCCUCGUCGUCGAGAUCUUCAGUUCAGUCUUGGGACUGUUUGGUCUCAUUGUAGGACUAUUGGUUCAGGGCAAGGCAUCCGAUUUCGGAGCAGCGGCAUAA